AUGGGUUGCACUAGUGCAAAAAUAAAUGAGCCACUAAGUCAAAGACUACGGCAAAAAGCCAGCGAAAUUUUCAAGAAGCUAGACAUCAAAGGGAACGGAACCAUUGAUAAGGAAGGAACUGAAUAAUUUUGGAAGUCUAACUUUGCAAAAUUAAACACAGAAGCCCUGUUUGAGGCUGUUGAUUUUGAUAAGAGUGGAGACAUUACAGAAGAAGAGUGGAUGGCAUUCUGGGAAAUUGUGAAAGAAAAUGGGUACUCAGAGGAAGAAAUAAAUUUAGAAUUGGAUGAAUUGAUGGAUGGCAAGGCUUGGGUACAAUUUAAAAGAGUGGACAGAUUCUUAAAAAUCGAUGAAAAGAGAAGAGGUUCAAGAGUUAAAUCAAUUGUGCAGGAAGAAAAGAAGAAGCUUUCUAUCAUCUAACCAGCACGAUUGUAAAAGAGCAAGACGAUGUAAAGUGAGGGACCUGAUAUGCAAUAAGAGAAUUAGCAGGAAUCUUGA